CAGCGAUAAUUCUCUGUUAUCUUGUCUUGUUGUCUAGAAAUGCACAGGCUGUCGCGGACACGGCUUGCCUCUCUAGUCUGUCCCUCGGCACCGUUUCUUGCCCCUCGCCUUGUUCGCGCUGCUGUACCCGUCGUCGUCACAUCGUUCCCAGCAACAGGCCUUGCAAGCGCACACUAUGCAACCAAAGCGAAAGGCACAGGCAGCUCGCAAAAGCCCCCUCGGAUAGGCAAACGUUUCAAGAAGCCGAGAUUGGUAGCGGAAGAUGGAGCUGAGAAACAGAUGGCGGCUUCGGUCGCACAGUUUCGCCAGGCAUGCGAGAAACGAAAUGUGCAACACUUGAUGGACCUGUAUCCGACGCUCGCUGGAGCAGGAGUCUUGGAUAGCUACGACACGCGCCGUAUUACCCAAGCGCUACACGCCCGCAUCCGCAACACCUACGCUGACAGCAAGCGAUCCGACUUGUUCUCCUUCGUACAGCGCAUCGCGACCGACAUCCGCAGCGGAGCCCUCCCGCCCCACCCCUACGCCUUCGUCCACCUGUUUGGCAUCUAUAAAGACUGCAAGCGCUUCCAGGAAGGUCACGAGCUCUGGCAAUGGCUUGUCGAGCAAGACGAGCGCUACGUGUCGCAGGCUGCCUACGGCGCUGCUAUUGAGCUCAUGGCAUACGGACGCCUUAUGAGCUUGCCGGACCUCGAGAAUCUCUAUACCGAAGGUCUGAAACGCUUUCCAGGCACCUUUGCCGAGUAUCAUCUCUCGCCUGAUGCCAUCGUACCCGAUCGCACUCAGCCAACUGCCAUUGCCGGCAUACCAACCCUUCUUCUACAAGGCAUCCUCACAGCACGCAUUCUGGCGCGCGACUGGAAGAAGGCAUACCUGGCCCUGGACACAGCCCUUCGUCUGUACCCUGCGCAGACCCCUCCACGUUAUUUCGCGCUUUUCAUGACCGAGAGGCCCUUGUCAGAAGCGUAUACCGCUUGUCUAUUAGCAUGUCGCGCUGGCGUGAGUCUAACGCCAUACCUUCUCACAGCCCUCAUCACCAAGAUGCGUGCUGCUAUAGGAGCGUCUCCAUCCAUGGCUGAUCGCAUGAUGCUUGUCCGUGCUACAGCGAACGCUAUUUACGCAUACAUGCAGGCAGGAGGGCAACUAGAAAGCAUACACGUCGGUGCCUUCAUUCACGCUCUCGAGAACGUGCUACCUGAGAAGGCUGCGGGCCUAGACUAUGAGGCAGGAGCGGCAGAGCUGCGCAAUACUAUUGUUGUCGCAGCACAUGAGAUCAUAUCAAGGUUGAUACAAGCCGGCAUGCCACCUCAACUUCAUCUGUUUGAGGCGCUAAUCUCACUAUCUGGCAAACUGCGCGUUCCGGGACUACUUACUACCACCCUGCAGGAUUGUAGAACCGCUGGCAUAGAACUCGGUCCAAUAGGAACUAGGAGCGCCAUCACCUCUGCUGGCUUGGUAGGGAACACAGACCUUAUCGAGCAACUUUGGGAACGAGUCGUCACAGCUGCCGAGGCGGAGAGCGCACAAAUCCCAUUUGAGGACUGGAUCACUUUCACUAAAGCGUGUAGAAGAGCUGGUCAUACGGAUUAUUUCCGAGGGCAGCUGCUGAAGCUACCGCACGCCAUCACUGCUAGUAUCGAGAAACAUCUCAUUCAACAAAUAGAUCAGGAAGAGCAUAAGCCGUCGGGCCCUGAGUCGUUCGAGUACAUGAUCCUAGAGGACCUUACGAGAGAGAUCGAGGCGCUCAAGACUCAAAUGAAGAACGUUGAGGCUGUUGUAAUGUCUGGACAGGCGCUUGAUCUCGCCAAGUCACCGUUCUACAUGCAUAUCGACCCAGAACAACGCCCUAUGGGCUCAAUUCCCGAUCUGCGAGCCGUUUACGAUGAAAUGACUACAGAUCCGCAUCAGCCGCCGCCUCCACCAUCUGCAGACGGGUCACCAGCCAAGGCCGCUUUAAGCCCAACGGGCAUUCCGCUAGAUGAGCUACGCUUUCAGAACUGGAUUACUGUUCUGGAAAUGAUGGACGAUGCUGAAGCAUAUGAAUCGGACCUGCAAUUCGCGCUAAAUACAGCGAUACAGGCGGGGAAGCCAUUGAAGGGUACCCCAGAAGUUCUACGCCUACGCAAGGAGAAUAAUUCAUCUCCCCGUUCGCUAGGAGGACUCCGACUUAGGAUCAAAAGUCUUCGAGCCGCAAGCGCCGAGGAUGUACCAAUCUACCGAAAAGUGGGCUCAGAAGUGAACGACGACAAAUUCAAACCCAUGGCUUAUCUAGCCAACCAGGACAAGUGGAUCACAAAGAAAACCCACAAACACCCAACGAGCAAGCAGCCGGACUUUACGCAUCCUGAACGUUCUGUGGAGCCAGAACAAGAGGGCGCACCUAAAAUAUCUUACUACGUCGGUCUUCAGUCGACUCACAACGCUCCGGCCCCCACACGUCCUAAACCCGGAGUCCUCGGCAUUAUACGGAAAAUGACCCCCAACAAAGACUAUGCGGAACUGCCUUCGUCAAAACCGACCGGCGAAGGUGAUGCUGCUGCUUCAUAGAUAUACCCGGUUGAGUCGCAGGCUUUACAUGUACAACAAUCUUGUAUACCACUUUAUAAUGAUGUACAACACCAAAAGUAGAAGGCAUAAUGGCAUUGGCGUAGGUAGCGUGUAAAUCACAUAGUGAGUAUGCACAGAAUCGUGCAUUACAUUGCAUUGCUUCGCAUUUCAAGCGAAAAAAA